UCCACGGGGCGUCUACGUCGGCGGAUACCAUCGACACUAAACUCUAGAUUCUAGGCUCGAUUGCUCUUGCCUGCAGUAAAUCGAUAGUAGAGUUGAGUCUGUCGCUGAUGCAACUUACUGACUGGUCCACUUCGCCGGUUUCUCUUUACCACGUUUCGUUCUGACAGCUCAGGGUUCGAGGUCCUGACUCAUGAUGGAGCAGCUCAGCCCAGAAGUGAAGUACAACCUCAUCACCAGGAACCUUCAGGAGGUUCUUGGGGAGGAGAAGGUGAAGCAGAUCCUUCAGGAGAGGGAGCUGAAGGUUUAUUGGGGCACAGCGACCACCGGAAAGCCCCACGUGGCUUAUUUUGUCCCCAUGUCCAAGAUAGCAGACUUCCUCAGGGCCGGCUGUGAGGUAACUAUUCUAUUUGCAGACCUGCACGCCUACCUGGACAACAUGAAGGCUCCAUGGGAGCUGCUGGAGCUCCGGGUGAAGUACUACGAGCAGGUGAUCAAAGCCAUGCUGGAGAGCAUUGGUGUUCCUCUGGAGAAACUACGCUUCGUCAAAGGAACCGAUUUUCAGCUCAGUCGAGAGUACACUUUGGAUGUGUACCGCCUGUCGUCCAUGGUGACAGAGCAUGAUGCUAAGAAGGCUGGAGCGGAGGUGGUGAAGCAGGUGGAGCAUCCUCUGCUUAGUGGGCUGCUGUAUCCUGGACUACAAGCUUUGGAUGAGGAGCAUCUGAAGGUGGACGCCCAGUUUGGAGGAGUUGACCAGAGGAAGAUUUUUACUUUGGCUGAAAAGUACCUGCCUUCUCUCGGUUAUGCAAAGCGUGCUCAUCUGAUGAACCCAAUGGUGCCAGGACUGACGGGAGCCAAAAUGAGCUCUUCAGAAGAAGAGUCAAAGAUCGAUCUGCUGGACUCCAAAGAGGACGUGAAGAAGAAGCUGAAGAAGGCCUUCUGUGAGCCGGGCAACAUCCAGAACAACGGAGUUCUUUCUUUUGUCAAACACGUCCUCUUCCCCCUGCGAGGAGAGUUCCGCAUCAAAAGGGAUCCCAAAUGGGGAGGAGAUAAAGUUUACUCCGGCUUUGAAGAAGUGGAACAGGACUUUGCGGUAGAGUCCAUCCAUCCUGGAGAUCUGAAGGCUUCUGUGGAAGUUGCUUUGAAUGAGCUGCUGGAUCCGAUCAGGAAGAAGUUUGAGUCUCCUGAGCUCCGCAAACUGACCAACUCAGCCUAUCCCAACUCGUCUAAGACAACAGCUGGUGGGAAAGGUGCUAAAGCAGGAGGAGAUGACGGUGAUCUGGUGCCGUCCAGGCUGGACAUCAGGGUGGGGAAGAUCGUCAGUGUGGAGAAGCAUCCAGACGCAGACUCGCUGUACCUGGAGAAGAUCGACGUAGGAGAACCUGAGCCCAGGGUGGUCGUCAGCGGGCUGGUGGCCUACGUCUCCCAGGAGGAGCUGCAGGACAGAGCGGUGUUGCUCCUGUGUAACCUCAAACCACAAAAGAUGCGAGGGAUAGAGUCCCAGGCCAUGCUGCUGUGCGCUUCAUCAGACGGGGAGCCCAGAAGGGUGGAGCCUCUCGAUCCACCUGAGGGUUCAUCGCCGGGGGAGCGGGUGUUUGUGGAAGGAUACGAGUCGGAGAAGCCAGACGACAGACUGAACCCCAAGAAGAAGGUGUGGGAGAAACUGCAGGUGGACCUGAAGGUCUCAGACGAGUUUGUGGCUCAGUGGAAAGACAAAAAGCUGAUGACCAAACUGGGACAGAUCACAUGUAAGACGCUGAGAGGAGGCUCCAUCAGCUAAAGGCUCCUGCUCCUGAUUUCCACUCAUCCACCAGAAACUCCUCCUGGAGCUUUCAUAGGGAUUAAUAACGCCAAACUGUUACUUUGAGUGUGUAAUUUCCAAAUCUAAGAGUCAUUUACAACAAUAACUGUAACUAAUCAAUGUGUUUGGUGUUGCUUAUGCAUUUAAAUGUCUGCAAACUACAAAUACCUAAACGAUGGAGCCCGAUCGAUCAGCUGGAAGAUUGCUCCAAAACACCUCAGGGUUAUGAAAAGGCACUUCACGUUUUUCAGAUAGUUACGAUAGGAGAAGCUGCAGCUGGUGAAUGCAUUCAAAGGCUCUGGGUAAUAAAGCAAUUGUAAAAAAUCUCUUUAAAUGGAGAAAGGAGACGGUCGUAUUUUAGGUGAAUCAAAGACAUCAGCAUCUCAACGUUGUCUUGAAAUAAAAUGCAUCUUAAAUAAACUUGGACUAAAUCUGCA